AGGUGCCGCGUCCGGAUUGAUCAAAGCCAAGUGGGCGGGGCUGUCGCCCGGGGCGACUCUCUCGGGAGGCGCGUGCCCCGGCUCAGUAGCGUUGGGGCUGGCGCGCGCGGCGAAUCUCAGCGUUGCGCCGUUUGCUGGCGCUUCUGGGCCACCAGUUUCCCAGCCUUCCACCCUGGCGCCCCCGAGUCCUGGCUCCCCAGCCUCGCUGCUCCGGGCGUCCACGCCCUGCGGGCUCAGCGGGCUCAAUCUGCGCAGCACCUCCUCCAUGUUGACGAAGCCUCUGCAGGGACUCCCCAUGGCCCCCGUGACCCCCACGCCGCCUCCAGGAGGAAAGGAUCGGGAAGCGUUCGAGGCCGAGUACCGACUCGGCCCCCUCCUGGGUAAGGGGGGCUUUGGUACCGUCUUCGCAGGACAUCGCGUCACAGACCGACUGCAGGUGGCUAUUAAAGUGAUCCCCCGGAAUCGUGUGCUGGGCUGGUCCCCCUUGUCUGACUCAGUCACAUGCCCACUGGAAGUUGCUCUGCUAUGGAAGGUGGGUGCAGGUGGUGGACACCCUGGUGUGAUCCGCCUGCUUGACUGGUUUGAGACACCAGAGGGCUUCAUGCUGGUCCUCGAGAGGCCUUUGCCUGCCCAGGAUCUCUUUGAUUACAUCUCAGAGCAGGGCCCAUUGGGUGAAGGCCGAAGCCGCUGCCUCUUUGCCCAGGUAGUGGCAGCUGUUCGACACUGCCAUGCCCGUGGAGUUGUCCAUCGUGACAUCAAGGAUGAGAACAUCCUGAUGGAUCUCCGCCGUGGCUGUACCAAACUCAUUGAUUUUGGUUCUGGUGCCCUGCUUCAUGAUGAACCCUACACUGACUUUGAUGGUACAAGGGUGUAUAGCCCUCCGGAGUGGAUCUCUCGUCACCAGUACCAUGCACUCCCAGCCACUGUCUGGUCACUGGGUAUCCUCCUCUAUGACAUGGUGUGUGGGGACAUUCCCUUUGAGAGGGACCAGGAGAUUCUGGAGGCUGAGCUCCACUUCCCUGCCCAUGUCUCUCCAGACUGCUGUGCCCUAAUCCGUCGGUGCCUGGCCCCCAAACCCUCUGCCCGACCCUCACUGGAGGAGAUCCUGCUGGACCCCUGGAUGCAGACACCAGCUGAGGAUGUACCCCUGAAUGCCCCUAAAGGGGGUCCCACCCCUUUGGCCUGGUCCCUGAUGCCCUAAUCCUGACCAGGCCCCCACUAGUUGGAAUAGCCAUCCCAUGGCCAUACCAUAGGGAUAGGUGGACAUCUGUUGACCUGGUUUUACAGGUUAUUAAAAAUCCAGUGUUACUAGGGUCAGAGAUUGGGGGUCAGGGAUCCAAAGACAUAAGCUAAGUCUAUCCAGUCCCCAUCCCAAUCCUGAGAAGGAGCCUUCCUCCUGGAAUUAUGGUCUCUUAUUCUGGAGGGAGGACUUCUCAUUUUGCUAAGGAUUUUAUUUAGUUGAUGUUACUUCCAUUCUGAGCCCCAGGACUCUUAUUCUGAUGAGUUGUAACCCCUACACUGGCACCUCCUGCUACCACCACACAAACUUAGUUCAAAUGCUCUGACUUGGGCAAGGGUGCUUUCCUUCCAAUACCCCAGCAGCUCUUAUUUUAGCAAAGGGACCCUUUCCCCUAGCCUAGGAUCCCAUGUUCAGUCAAGCUGCUCACCUACCUCAGCCCAGGGUUGCUUAUUCUGGGGGAGGUAAUGCCCUUUGUCAUCCCAGGGCCCUUUUUUAUCCUUUUCUUUUUUCUUUAUUUUGGUGAGGGGACCCUACUCUGUUAUCCCAAGUGCUCUUAUUCUGGUGAGGAGAACCCUACUUCCAUGAUUUGGGAAGGAAUGGGAGAUGGACACUACCAGAGUCCACUAGGAUGGGGUGGAUGGUUUUUUUGGGACUGGGGUGGGGGAAAUAAGUCUUGUUUUGUUCUCCUGGGCACCCCUGCUCCACCUUUCUUGGAUUCUUGCUGCCUCCUUGUGAGCCAAGAUUGUCCACUUGCUGAAAUGUAAAUACUUAGGUAUUAGGGGAGAGGAACUCCCAACUGUGUUCUCUCCCUUCUCCCCUUGCCUGGAUUAUUUAAAAAGCCAUGUGUGGAAACCCACUAUUUAAUAAAUGUAAUAGACUCAGAA